CGUCUCUGGUGGGAUAAGGCAGGGAGGGCUCCCGCUGCGGUUUGGUUCCAGCCAGCUGUGAAACUGACAAGGGAGCGGGAAGGGGGGGGGGCUCGCUCCCUGUCUGGGGAGGAGGCUGCGACCAGGCGUGCGAGCCCAAGUGUGUUUAAAAAGCAAUGAGCCACUCCCCCCUCCCCCCGCGCCACUCUCUUCCCUCGCCAGCCUGUUAGCUCUGCUCCCGGCUGUCUGCGAGUCUAGCGCGCAGCGAGCCCAGCGCUGGCCUGGGAGCGAGGGGCACCGCCAGAGGAGCGGGCAGGGGAGCAGAGGGGGCGUAGGCGGCUUCUGUUGUAGGGCGUGCAGCCCGAAAUAAAACAAAACCAGGCAGAACAAAGCUCUGUCACAACUGUGCUUCCUGGUUGUCGCCUCCUGCCUGCAAACCACUGAACAUUUUCCACUUGAUAUCGUCAUGCAGAAAGGGAGAAACGAGACGCAAUGAGAGAUUCAGGUGACGCUUGGUACAGCUGGCAAGAAAAAUGAGGACGUUAUCUUGUACAGAAAAAAUUGUUUCGGCCGCACCUGACAAAAGUAUGGUAUGCACAUCUCAGUCUCCCUGGAAGCAUUGGCCAGUGCUUUGGAAUGUCCAGAUUAGCUGUCAAACUUACCAUGUAGAGACUGCCACUGACAGCCAGGUUUUAAUUGGAAGGAUUGUCAGCUUGAUUGAAUCUGCUAUUGGAACGCGUGCCUGUGGGGGGUUCACUGGAGGAUGGUAAUCUUUAUCAAGAGUUUGAUGAGCUGUCUCCAGUGAGACAUCGGAACCACACAGGCAAGGAAAGUGGUGUAUGUGUGUGUGGUAUUACUAAAGAUCAACUGGGAAGGGAAAUUGACUGACUUCUUUCUUCUUUUUCAUCUUAAGCAGGAAAAAAAAAAUAACAUUCUUUGGGCUACAUCUUGCUCUGCACUUGGUUUGAGGAAAUAUAGGAGAUUGGUGAGUGGAAGCGAUUGUAGGAAGCACUGACUUUCCAAGCACAAGCAGCCAGUCAGGCUCUCUACCUACCUUUCAAAGGAGUGCAGGGUGAGCCCUGUCUAGUGUGCUGCCCCCAAGCCAAUCAAAGCAUGACUAGCUGGCUAGCACUUUGGCAGCGGUCAACAUCACAUGCCAGCUGUGGGCACCCAUUGCUCCUUUGCAAAGGAAAUGUACAAUGCACCUAGCAGUGUGAAUGCAGCUGAGCCAUCCUACCCUUCAUCAGCCCGAUGCCGUGGUUACAAGAAGCAUGACUGGUACUGAUUGGCUUUCUACUCCCAGUGAGGUGUCUGGUUAGAGCUGAUGUAAAGAUGGGCCAGAGCAAACUUUUGCAGUGCCUAACAAGAAGUUUUAAUGGUCCUGCAAAACCCCAGAACAAUGAUACCAAAAGAUUAAAGUCAGAUGCUCGUCUACAAACUGCCUAACCAUUGUCCUUCGCUGGUGAGAUAAAAGGAAGAAGUCACGGAAAGAGAGGAACUACACCAGGCUUCAGAUUUUGGACUAUACGACAAGACUCUGUAAGAUACUCGGUGUUUUCUCCAUUAGGGCUACAAUGGAGACACUGUCCCAGGACUCUUUGCUGGAAUGUCAAAUUUGUUUCAAUUAUUACAGCCCCCGACGGAGGCCCAAGUUGCUGGACUGUAAGCAUACCUGCUGUUCUGUUUGCCUUCAGCAGAUGAGGACAAGCCAGAAGGACCUGAGAUGUCCCUGGUGCCGAGGUAUCACUAAACUGCCACCGGGAUUUUCUGUAUCCCAGCUGCCUGAUGACCCAGAGGUGAUUGCUGUGAUUGCAAUUCCCCAUACUUCAGAGCACACCCCAGUCUUCAUCAAACUUCCUAGCAAUGGGUGCUACAUGUUGCCCUUGCCCAUCUCCAAGGAGAGAGCGCUGUUGCCAGGAGACAUUGGCUGUCGCCUCCUGCCAGGUAGUCAGCAAAAGUCUGUCACUGUGAUGACAAUCCCAACCGAGCAGCAGCCCCUGCAAGGAGGGAUCCCGCAGGAAGUCGGAGAGGAGGAGCAAGACAGGAGGGGCGUUGUGAAAAGCUCCACCUGGUCAGGUGUUUGCACUGUGAUCUUGGUGGCGUGCGUCUUGGUCUUUCUCCUUGGUAUUGUCCUCCACAAUAUGUCUUGCAUUUCCAAGCGUUUCACUGUGAUUUCCUGUGGCUGAAAAGGGUCUGCUCCCAGAAUACUCUGAUGGGAUAAUUUAGGGGUUGGGAAGGUGGUGGUGAUGACAGGCUCGAGUGAGAUGAUGCACUGCAACAUUGACCAAUUACUACAGAACGCUUGAUACCGGACAGCUGUUUGACAGUCUGAAGGCAAUCCUAAAGGGCGAAAUGUGAGACCUCUCAGCAGAGUACAGAGAAAAUCAUAAUGAGCGUCUGAUGGUAACUGCAUUGAGGAAGACUGCAUGUGUCACCAUCCUCAUUGAUCAAAUGGACUGUAACUUCUAAUGAUUUUUAUCAUGUUAUGAGACUAAAGACAUCUACUUAGCUGGCUAUACUGUAAAAGUAUAUGAUAUGAUCACUCUGUCUUUAAAUGCAGUAGAUUAAACUCAAAAUGCUAUAUGUAUAAGUAGAAUUAAACAUGAGAAUCAGUGUAAGACUCAGUAAAGAUAUUCCAAUGCCAGUCCAUACAUAUUUUUUUAAUGGGGGGGGGGGUGAAGGGGAACUGUAAAAAAAAUUCAUUUAGUUGGUAAGGCUUUUUAUAUAUUUUAAAUUGCACAUUAAUUAAAAUAAGUUAGAAAGUUGCAUAAUAGCUUUUAAAAAGAAACAUUUUACAAGCGAUUGUGUUUCGUAUGUGAUGUGUGUUUUGUCAUAUUCUUUCAUUUUGUUUCCAUCUGUAGUGAAGUGUCCUUUCAAAGUGUUUUGUUAAAGCAAGAUCCAAGCAGAGGAGCAAUAAAGUGAACAAAUAGGGCUACCUAAAAGUGCAGCCAAAAGCCUGCGGUGUAAGCCCUGUCAUGAAGUAUGGCUUUGAAGUGUAAACACUGGACAUGCUGUUUCACCUCUGGUCUGUCAGGCAGGCUUCUCAAGGCUCUGGUCUCCCUGGGGAUUAGUGAAGGGAUGGGUCACAGAAGUGCUGGACAUGCUUCCUGCAAGGACUGGAUAGCAAAUUGAUUUUUAGAAUAUGGGACCAGCCUUGCCUCCAUGUUCAGUCAUAGUUGCAGCUGUGUCAUUAUUGAUAGUAACUCUAUGGAUGCCUAGAUGACUGCACAGAAAUUGAGGUCUCAUUGUGCCAAGCAUUGUACAAAUAUCUCAGCUCAAAGGGUUCAUGCUCUACAAAGAUAAGACAGACCAAUGAUGGGAAACAGGUUGAGAGGGGAAAGGGACUUGCCCAAGGUCACAGAUCAGGUCAGUGGCAGGACUGGGAACAGAACCCAGAGCUCUUGAGUCCAAGACUAAUGCUUGAUCCACUGGACCAUGCUGCCUCUCCUAACCCCCUGAGUCACACUGGUGUAAAACCUGUGUGAGAUCAUAAUCAGGCCCUGUGCCUCCUUUCAGUGAUAUAAACCUUGUUACUCUUAGGGCCAAAUGUGAAACUUCCAAGAGGAAAUGAUCUAUCUUUUACUGCAUGUUGACAUUACAAAGCCCGGGUGACUGCAAUUCAUUGCUCAUAAAGGGCCAGAUUAGGAUACUUAUGCUAACACCUCACUUAACAAGAAAGUUCAUUACCUUUUGUGGGACUUCUUGCGGAGUAAGGUAUUCAGCAUGAGUAAGGGUAUCAGAAUCUGGCUGAAAGUCUGGAUUUGUUUGAUUAUUUUUUUUAAGGGUCAGAGUGGGACUUGUGGCAGAAAAAAACUAUUGGUUUGCCUGAUUUGUAUUGCUAGUAUGAAGAAUGGACAAUUUCACAGGUGUAAGCACAGUGAACAAUGACCUCUAAUCUAUUAGUAAUAUGCUUUCUAAUAGUUAAUUUGAGAUGGUUCAAUCCUAUGUAAUAACACAUGAGAACCUUGUUCCAACUGAGUUAGGGGCAUAAAAGAAGUCAGUGGUUUUGCACCAGUGCAACUGAAGAAAAAUUGGCUCAUUAUGAACAUCAUUCUCAUUCGAAAAUAAAAUACAGAGCACAUAUCUUCCUUAAUGGUAGAUUCUCUCUCCUCUCUCUCUCUCUCCCGCUUUAUGUCUGUUCUCUAAAGAAUGGCAUAUAUAUGCCUGAGUGUUAAAUUAGUAUAUGUAAGGUUACGCGUGAAGAUAAAGCUCCUGGUGCACUGUGCCUGCUUUUAUCUACUGUCAUUUGUGAGGGCAUAACAAAGAAAAUACCCCAGAGGUGACACAUUUGUUACCUCCUUUUUUCCACUAAGAAGAGCACAUGCAGAACCAUAUUCAAUAUGCAGAGAACCUGGUUUACAAACGCUUAUUAUAAACAUUCUGCACCUGGACAUCAGUGAAAGUGGGGUGUAAUAGGAAGGAAUAUUAAUUCCAAAUGCAUGCGGUAUUAAAAUUGUUAAUCUGUAUCAUCGUCUUGUAAGGAAAACUCUAUUUACAUCCAUGUUACAUGUUAGCAUGUAAUGGAGCUGUAGCCCGCUAAUAUUUCUGCCUUCAGAAGACUCCAUGCUAGUAUACAGUUAGAGGACAUACUGCUCUACUGCCUCGCCCCUUGUAAUCAUCUACCCUCGCGGCACGUGAGGGGGGCGUGGGCGUGAAAUGCUACCAGAUCAGAAUGGCGGCACUUGACACCGAUUUUGCACUCACUGAGCACAAGUGUAAAUGGCUAGACAAGCUGCAAGACAGUGGAGUAGAAGGCCCCGUGAGUACAAUGCUAUUAAUAUUAACAUUGGAAUGAUCAUAAAAUGCCUAACUGAAGCUCUUGACAAAGCAGGUUCUCUUGAUCUUUUCAAAUAAUGUCUCUCAUAAAAGGUGCUGGUUUUCCUUCCCCACACGAAGAGUGUAGUUGGAAGGAUAAAUCAGAAAUGAGGUUAAAAUGCUACACUGCAUAACACAUUACACAACAGGCAAAUAUGGGGUUUAAUCUGGUAUUAAUGAUGUAGGCAUCAUCUGACUAGAACACCAUACUUUAUUACUUAACACAGUGCAUUGUUUGGUUAGUGUGAGUUUCUUGUACUGUUCAGAGCCUGCUGAAAUGCAUGGCUGACCUAAUUUCUGAUUCUGAUAUUUGCCUGUUUUACAUUUUUUGUGUGAGUGCAAUAAAUAAAACCUCAAGAUUUUUUGUGGGUUAACGCCUAUUCAAAAAUAUAAUUUUAUGGGGGAAGUUUCUUCCUCGCUUUAGGCAGUGCGACUACCAUUGCAAUUUUGCAACCUUCAUAUCAUGUUAGAUCACAUAGCUUUAUGCUGAUGAGUGUAGAAUAUUGCAAUGUACAGUGUUAGACCAUUUCUCAAGUAGGUUAAUAUUCAUACUUUAAAAUGCAGUGUGAUCUAUUCCAUUUUAUAUUUCUCAGUCCAAGACCUGGCAUUCAGAAAGGAGACCGCUAUCUAUGGCUAUGACUUUGCAAAAUGUGCUAGAGAAAUUAUUCCCAGGAAAAACAUUUAAACUCACAUAAUAUCCCAGUUCUGCACCAAUUUCAUGCCAAAAUGAUCAACUCCUGGGUAGGUUCUUAAUCCUUGUAUAUCAGCGAGUCUUUUGAUCACUACUCAGUUCUUGAAAAAGGAAGACAAACUUUUAUUUUUUUAUGGCAUAGGUACUAGUUGAGCAAACGUUAUUUAUACUAAAUCUUGCCUGAAGUUAUUUAUGCACCUGCAUUUUUGGACAAAUUACCAUUUAUGAAGGUUUAUUAUUUGUUUGUUUAACGGAGAGUACAGCUUCUUUUAUUUUAAAGGUCUCAGCUUCCGUUUUUAGCUUGUGCUUUACUGGGAGUCAGAAAUAGGAUUCACUUUGUGAAAGUUUGUUCAGUGAAUUUUACAAAUUCAAAAUACGCAGUUUUGGUAUGUGCGAUUUUUUUAGAAAAUUGUGUAUUAAGUGAUCAUGCUUAGACGAUAUGGAAAGAAGCAUGGUAGUUUUGUAAAUGGAGCAAUCGUGAGUCUAAAGUUUCAUCUUUAUUAAUGAAGGUUGGUAUGAAUAAAAUAUUAGCAGGAAUAGAAUGAAUACAUCAAGUGAGUUAUGGUUUCUCUAGUCCUUCACCUUAAAAUGAACAGCACAGUGAGUAACUCAGUGGAAUUAUUUUGUAUUUACACUAGUGUAACCAAAAUUAGCAUUUGGCUGUGUUCCUCAAGACAAAUUUUUAAAGUAUGGGCUGUGGAUAGUUUUCAAAAGGGGUGUGUGUGUCUGUGUGUCUAUGUUGGGGGAUAGUAGUUUUGUUGUUGUUGUUGUUAAAUAGUUGAUUUUUGAGUAGAAAUUACAUCUGAUGACCACAGAGCUACAAAGAUUUUCUUUUCUGUUUCAAGUGAUUUAAAAUUUGUGAGUGAAUUUAUUCCUUACAAAAGUGAGAUAUUACUGGCAUUAGCCUGAAUAUGUAUUGUGCAGGCAGGUAUGCGUCACCUCCCUGCCCCCCCCCAAUCAUGCCAGUGCUCCUUAAUCCAGAUCAGCCAACCCCCAUCCCCCGCUAGUGUUACAGGUAUGAGGCUUUUCUUGAAUGGAGAUUAUGCAUGUAACAAAUCCACUGCAAAAUAAGCAAACACGGUGAGGAUGAGACCAAACAAUUUAUUUUCACUUGUGACAGAUACAUGAUUUGAAUCUACUAUAAGCCUACACUUUAUCUGGAUUUUUUGUUUUGUUUUAAUACCUAUUGCACUAAGGUAACAUUGUGACCUGUUCAUCAGUGAUUGGCCAGAAUCAAAAAUUCCACAUCUAAACACGCGUCUGUGAAUUCAAGCUGUAUUACAACACAAUAAAUCAGACAGGAGACAUCCAUAUGUCUAGUAAAUACAUUUAGUGGAAUGCUGACUUUAAAACGUUUCCUCUUGCCAGAUGCCCAGGGUAUGUGGUUUUAAAUUUGGGGUUUUCUUUCUUUUUGGGGGGAAUGCAUGAUGACAAAUGAAUCCAAACAUCACCCAGGCGGCUAUAAGGAUUCAUAUACAGUUAAAGCAAAGACCUUUAUGUUUGAGUAUUUAGCAGAGCAAGAUUCUACUGGAAUGCUGCAAUGGAAUUACAGCAUAUGAAUGACCUUUCCUUUCCUUUACACUGUCCUUAGACCUGACAGCUGGGAUUGUUCUUCUUUCUUUCUCUCUGUCACGUUAACAUUUUGCAUGCCAGUAUUGACCCAAGUCAAACUACACUGCUUGUUUCAUGCUUCUCAAAUUGAACGGCGUUAGCUGACAUUUCUCAAACUGCCCUUAGCAUCUUUAGCAAAUGAGCACUUAUGUGUUGUCUAAGCAGUUGAAAUUUAAAGCCUUAUAAAUGUCCAGGGAAUGGAUUUUUACAGCAUUCAAUUAAUGCUUCAGUAAAUAUCUCUUUAUUUUAGAUCUAAACAUUAGGUAAAUUUUCACUAAGCAGUCUCCUAAACACCAGAAGCAGGGAUUAGAGAGGAGUCGCGCGCGCACACACACACACACACACACAUUAAUAUCACAUUGAAGCCAAUAUGUAUACAGGUAAAGUGAGGACUUAAGUGUGCUCAUGGGAACAUGAGAGGGAGGAGGGUUUUGAAAGCUGAGGGGAGCGUGUGUACACACAGAGCGAGGCUCAGAAGACUAUCUGUUACCUAGGAUUGAGAGGAUCAUUAGUAACCAAGAAUGGACGAAUGCUGUAUGGCUAUAUUGGGGGUGUUGUACACCCUGAGGCAUCUUCUUCAUUGUGGAGGAGUCCACGCCUCUGCCUCAGUUCCUUGUGAUAAGCUGCCUCUUAACCUGUCCCCUGGCUGCUGCCCCUAAACUCCCCCUCUCCCCAAACACUGGAGUUCUUGGAUCCUGUUGGGACUGCCCAUCUUGUAUCAGUGCUGGAGUAGGUGCUGCAUCCUGGCCUGGUGUUCAGGUGAGGAGCCAUUGAACUGCUGCUUGCCUGGGGACUGUACAGAGGCUUCUGCCUGAGGUGAGAUGAGGGGCCCUGAAAUGAGCAGGGCUGGAAGGUUGGGUUUUGAGAGUUAUUAAGGGUUUGUCAAAUGAGCAAGAGGAAAGGGUAUUUGGGCUUGGAUAGUGGCUCAUGAAAUUAGCAGGGAGCUGGAACUGUCAUGAAGAUGUCUUGAAUUGCACUGAUUGGGAUGAAGAGAUGUGGAGGAGGGGCAAAAUUGAAUGGAGGGAUGAUUAGGCAGUGGCUUGGAACUGGGUAUUUGUGGUAAGUGGAGACCUUUAUCAGGCAAAUUUGAGCUGAAUUAGAUUAGUUAUUUCUGAUGCCUGGGAGUUAGAUGGUUUGUCAUAUCAUAGCUCAAGAGUGGUUUGGCCAGGCAACUUGAAAUUUUGGUUAAUUCAGAUAUUGGACCUCUUUGAGUUUUGAGGCUGAGUAUUUUGGAAGUUAAGUUUUCUGCCUAAUUAAGAAAUUUGCAAAGUGCAUGGGCUGUUCUAGGGUUCCGAGAAGUCCUUAAAUCCUGGGAAUAGGAUGAGUUACAAGCAUGCUUCUAUUGAAGGCCAAAUGUAUGGAAACAGAUGGUCAUGUCCCACUGCAAAAAUAAACUUGACUGACAAAAUUGGCAAGAAAAGUCCAGAACAAUGCCACAAAGCUCUUUAGACAUUCCAUGUUAAUGUCACUGUCACGCCUGUUUGAUUUAAGAAGUUUAGUUGAAGACAAAGGCAGUAUUGCUGUACUUCACAUUUGUAUGUAAGAAAAAAUUAGGGUUAUAUAAGAGGGCUGGGUUUUUCUGUUUUGUUUUUCAAGUUGAUGUAAAUAAGGCAAUUGAGAAAGUCGAGUAGUUACUUGCCCAAGAGUAUUUACCUGCCUAUUUUAAGAAUUAUAAAGCGUGUCUUAUGUCAUUGCAUCAGUCUUGAAAAUUUCCAUCACCUAACCCCAGUUGCAUGCACUGAAUGGUUCUGAAUUUCUGUGGUGGGACCCAUUAAAGAGGGAUCUGAGUCUCAAUCAAUAUCUGAGAACUUGUCCAACUUGUCAGGUUGCUUGACUUCAGAUUCAAAUUUCACUUCAGUUCCAAAUCUAAGUUGUAUGUAGUCCCUAAAGAACUGGAAAUUAAUUGUCCUAUUACUAUGAAUAACUAGAUUCUGUUUAUUUCAUAUCUCUAAGAUCAUGGGUCAGUUUUCAGUCACAUACAAAUGUUGUAGCUAGUCCUUUUACCUCUGUUGAUGGAAUAAAUGUGAUAAUUUAUUUAUUUAUUUAUUUUUGUGUGAAAGUUUGUGGUUCCACUCCAGAGAAAGAUUAUAUGGAAUUUAAGAAAGUGAAGCUGAUAGGUCGAUGUUGGUUCAUUUUUAAAAUCAACUUGCCCCAUAGUAGAAAGGCUCCGCUUUCCACUAUGGGAAAGGAAUGCCCAGUUCUCAAAGCAUCUGAGCCAAUCUACUGGCUGAACUGCUUAUGUAUAGUUUCACAUUUAAAUAAUUUGGUAUAAUGGACAUGAAUGCUUCUCAAAUUCUAAAAUUUGCUUAAGAAAUGUAUUUCUUUAAACAGUUGGGCUCUGAGUCAGGAAAACAUCCCUAUUUGAGAAAGCUCUUAUGCAUUGAGUUAAGCCAGUCAAAUGGACUUAGGCACAUGCUUAAAAUUCAGUACAUGCUUUAGUGCUUUUUGGCAUAGGGAUGGAUUUAAGCAUGGGCUUAGGUGCUUUCUUGAAUCAUGCUCAGUCUUUUGAAUGAUUUUCAAAAGCAUACGAAAAGUAGCUUUGCUUUGAAGAAACUUUAUUUUGCAACUUAAAAGUAGGAUUAACAGGGAAAUGCCUUUGUGACUGUAAAUCCCAUAGUACAGCUGUUUUCGAGUAGAACUGGUUGGAAAUUUUCUGAUGGGACAUUUUUCUACAGGAAAAUGCUGAUUUGUCAAAAUUAAAACAUUUUGCAGGAACCUGUCUAUUGGUUUCCAUCCAGUUUGCCUGCUUCAUGGGGCUGCUGCAAAACCAGGACUCUGAUAGCCCUAGGACCCCUGCUUUUUAGGCUUCCCCAGCUUCUUGAUAGCCUGGGCAGCCUAGGAAACCUCACCAAUUUUCUUUUGAGUAAGUCCAGAUAGAAUUUUUAUUUAUUUAUUUUUUAAAACUAAAAUCUCAGACUCCCCUGGAUUCCAUGCAAAACUUUGAAAUCGUGAGUUUUUGUUCUGAUGCAGAACGGAAUUUUUAAAAAUGAUUUUUGGGGUUUUUACCAUCAAAUGGGAAUUCUAGGUUCCAACCAGCACUAUUUGCAAACAUUUGAAUAUAGAAGCUUGUCCUAACAUACCUAAAGAUUUUUUAAUUUCCUAUAAGUUCUGUUUUUAAUUGCUCACUAUACACAUCCUGUAGAGUGCUCAACUCACAAAAAAAUCUUAAGUGACAAAAAUAACAAAACCCUGGAGAUUCUAAUGACUUUUUCCUGCUGAGAUGAGCUAAGGCACUUACUAAACCUAUAGGUUGAUAUAGCUGAGUCACCGCUUAAUUCUGAUAGUUGCUAAACUAGUCAGAUGCACUGAAGCUGCAAGUUUUUUGUUUUUUCCCAUCUGGGUUAGACAAGACAAGACAAGCCUGCUGCAUAUCUGGAUUUAGCAGGGAGAUAAGGGCUGUAAAAUGUGACUACUAGUGAGUGUAAUAUUGAGGUAUACAAAUUAUUGCAACAUUUAGUGUCUUUGGUCAGUCAUCCAGGCAGGUCAAGUAUCUUGUGGAAUGCUGCCAAGAUUAACAGAUAAUUUAAAAACAAAACAACCGGAUACUGUCUGUAUUUGUUGCUAGUGAUGUUUGAUCCAUCUGGCUUUUUUGGGUUGGGUCUUUCUGCUUGUCUCUUUCACAACAGAAACAGCACGAACAAAAAAUAUUCGUCCUCAUUACAUGAAUGCAGUCUCUUCUCUCCUGUUCUGACCUGUAUUUAGGCCCUGAAUUUCUUUGUAAAUUUGCCUCACUAAUGAUAAAUUACCCAUAAAUAAGUGCCACACCUUUAUGCUGCAGCAUUUUGAAUCAUGUUAAAGCUAAACAGUGGAAGUAGUGUACUACUGAACAUGGAACCUAACCAACACACUUAAAAAGUUGUAUUUUUUUUUAUCAGUCUGCUAUUUCCAUCAUCAGUCCCAUCAUCUAUUUAAACAAAUAAAUUGCAGUAUUUCACCCUUAAAAUUACCCCGAUUUUUCUAAAAACAAACUAAAAGAAAACAAGAUAUUUUCAUGUUUGAUUUUUCAAAAAUAAGAUAGUACAGGAGCUGUAAUUUGAAAAUGGACUGAAUUUUUUUAAAGCUAGUGCCUCAGUGGUAAAAGUGUUGUAAUUAAUUUAAUUUUUGGGGGGGGAAACAGAAAUUCAUGAUUUGGAUUUUCAGUCCUUGACUAGUUUCAGAUGUAUGUGUGUGCUUCUGUUUGCAAUACAUCAUAAAUACUGUAACAGCUGGAAACUGUGACACAAAAUCUUAAUAAAAUCUCACAUGUUGCCAAUUAAAUUUAAAAUGCUUAUUGAAAGGUAGGAAAGUUUUUAUGGCACAGGACAACUUAGCUUUUAUUGACUUUGAGCCUUUGUAGUGAUCUAUGUGGUGUUAGUCCUGAGGCUCACCUGUGUCACAUCAGCAAUCACGCCUUUUGCUUCAUUAAGCCAUUUGAUGGGCUCAGCUAAUGAGAAUCUACAUGCUAUGUAAUAUAUGUAAAGGUAGCUAUAAUUUUAUAAAUCUGCAAUGAGUAGCCAUCUAUCAAUAAAGAUCAGCCAGGUUUAAAUCUGUUAAACCUUUGCUUUAGUUUAGUGAUCUGGAUUUUGCCUGAGGAAAAGACAUUUUAUAUAAAUGACUUUAUACUUGGACACUCAGGAAAGUGAACUAAGCUAAACUGAAUUAAGGCCAUUUAAAUUCCAAAUGAGUGUGUCCACACAGCGGUUUAAUGCAAUUUAUCCAAUCCAUUUUAAAUUCACACCCAUAGUUAAUUUGGAUUAAUUUUCCUGAGUGUCCCUGUGUAGAUAAACCUUAAUUCACUUCUACAGGAUUUGGCCCAAUUGGACUUUUUGCCUGUUUAAAACAAGCAGGAUUUAGCCCAUUGUCAUACUUACGUGUGCUGAAAUGAAGUAUGAACUUGACUUACUACAAUUUUUCCUCCUCUCUAGAAUCAAUCAAUCUGUAAGGACAUACUAUAGGUUUUAUCGUAGCUGGGACAGUCAAAUACAUCUGUAAUAACAUCCUUGCAGUCUUAUGCUUUGUUGCCUAGUGGUUACCAUAAAAAUUAUUCCAGGGAAGCAGUUAAGAGAAAGGUGAGAACCUUGCCAUAAGCUUCCUUUUCCAGGUUUUCAAGUAGUUAGACCUAUUCCUUAUACCGCUAUAUUCCAAGAAAUGAGGGACCACUUUCCUUUAUACCAGUGGCUCUCAAACUUUUGUACUGACCCCCCCUUACAAAUUAAAAACACUUUUUAUAUAUUUAACACCAUUAUAAAUGCUGGAGGCAAAGCGGGGUUUGGGGCGGAGGUUGACAGCUCGCGACCCCCCAUGUAAUAACCUCACAGCCCCCUGAGGGGUCCCAACCCCCAGUUUGAGAACCCCUGCUUUAUACAUCUUCAUGUGACGUGGAAAAAGUAGCCCAGAAAUAGGCUGAAUACCCGUCAAAUGCUGCUGCUUUUGCUGAGCAGUCUUAAGCUAUUGUGCCGCUUACAUAAUGUUUUGCGGUGGCUUCUAACCCCCCUCCUUUUUUUCCCCCUUGGUUUAAAUUGUUUUCUUCUUCAAUGUCCAACAAGAAAAAGAGAUACUAAGAAGAGUAAAGCUGUUCUUAAUUCAGGUCACGUUUGCACCAUCUGCUCUAUGGGUAUUUAAAUGUUGUCACAGGAAAGCAGUGGUUGCCCCUGUUUUUCAUCUAAAUGAGUGCCAGCAGGGUUCCUGUUGCAGAAACUAAACCUGACUAUGCAGAGGGUGCCUGCAUGCUGUGUGCGUGUGUGUUAAGCCCUGGAAGUAAAGUGAUGAGAUCUGCAGAUGUGGAGCACUUGCUGGAAAACUCAAAGGGAGCAGCUGUGGGAUCCAGCCAGGUGACUCUUCUAUAGAUAAGAGCUGACAUUUCCAAGGGACAAUCAAAACAGAAACCAGUAGUCUACCAUGGUGUAUGGGAAGUACAUUGAAAAGAGUAAUGAUGGAGUCAGUGCACACAGACAUGUUCUUUAGGGAAGUCAAUUGUCAGCAUUCCAAUAUUAGUCCAAAUUACUUGCAAUUGAUUUCAGAUCAGAUUGCUUCAGCUACUCUGUUUCUAAUAGCUCCAGCCUCCAGGAGUGUUUCAAGCAAACUGUAAACUAAGCAGUCUCAGAAAUCCAGUAGUCCUGACUGGACUUCCUUUGCAUUUUGAACUAACCUUAUUAGCAAAGGUUGCUAUAUUGGCAAAUUCCACAGGAAGGAGUGAGGAUACUUGUCCUGAUCAGUACAGACAAGUUUCAGGAGCUGUUAACAAAACAAAACAAUCCAGCUUCAUCAUGACAGCUGAAGCACCUCUCCGUGCCAGUACAAAGACUUAUAAGUCUUUAGACUGGCAGUGAUAUAUAAUAAUACACUCUCUCUGUGUGUGUGUGUGUGUGUGUGUGUGUGUGUGUUGUGUAUACACAUGUUUUUGUAAAGACAAGUGUGCUUGGUUUCAAUUCAAAUCAAAGUAAGAAGCCCCACUCAGUUAUAUUUUGCAAGUCCUUAUUUCUUAUUUCUUAUCCCUACCCCCUCCAAUACAUUUUCAAGCCACGUUCAGUCUUGUUAAUUGGUCCAUGAGAUGUUGUGAAGGUUGAUUUUAGCCUGGAGGCAUGGCUCUUCUAUAGCUGCAGCACCGGCUUCUCUCCUUGUAAUACGCUAAGUAGGUGUGUUCCCUUGCCCUUUCCAACUUUCCCUUCCCACCUCCCCCUGUAGGUUAAUAAUAAUCUACUCAAAUGGUAGGUUGAUAUUGCUCAGUAGUUGUUAACUAAAGUCAUUGACAUGGUUCAUUUGCAAUAAUGUGUAUACUUUAUCUCAGAAACUUUGUUUUAAAGGGCUAAUAGCCCUUCGGAUAUGAGCUCUAGGGCUGUCUUGUCAAAAUUCUGCCAAAUAUUGACUUUGCAAAGGGAUAUCAAGCUGCUGUUUAUAAAUCUGAAUGUCUUAAAAACCAUUCUUUCCUUACUCCUCCUGUCCUAGAUGGUGUCUAGAAAGUCCAUGAGUUUUUGGUUUUCCCCCACUGGCCCCAAUUUUAAUAUACAGUAUUUUUGUAUGUUGACCUCUGGUGUCUUGUCCUUUGUAUAUGUGGAAAUGUUGAGAACUGCUCAGACACAUUUGGUAUGAUUAAAGUUCUUUAAAAUGA